GCUAAUCUCAAAAUAAAUUAAAUAAUUUUUACAAAAUUAUUAUAACAUUUCCGCUUCCAAACCGCACCGUCUGCAACUCUUUGAUGGGCUCCGCCUCUAUCCACUGCUCAAAUCUCUCCAAAAACGUCCCUCGUCUUCUCCCAAAAACACAGAGCUAAACAGAGCAAAUCUCGAAAGAAGACUCUAAAAAUGAAUCCUUUCAGUUUCGUUCUCCUCCUGCUCAUCUCCACCUUCUUCUCCAUAUGCCUUUCUACAACCACCUUCACCUUCAUCAACAAAUGCCACUUCACAGUCUGGCCUGCCAUCCUCUCCAACGCCGGCCACCCCCCGCUUUCCUCCGCCGGCUUCGAACUCCCUACUGCUGCUUCUCGCUCCCUCCAAUCCCCACCUAACUGGUCCGGCCGCCUCUGGGCCCGAACCGGUUGCGUUUUCCACAACUCCAACAACGGCUCCUGCGCCACAGGCGAAACACCUCCGGCGACCCUCGCCGAGUUCUCGCUCGCCGGCGGCGAGCGAAACAAUAUUGAUUUCUACGACGUUAGCCUUGUUGAUGGAUUCAACUUGGCGAUGGUCGUGGAAGGGGGUAAGGGGAGGUGUGCAGCGACGGGGUGUGUGGUGGAUUUGAACCAGAGGUGUCCGGCGGAGCUGAGGAUUGGAGAAGGAGAGACGGCGGCUUGCCGGAGCGCUUGCGAGGCGUUCCGGCGGCCGGAGUAUUGCUGUAGUGGGGAGUUUGCGAGCCCGGCGGCGUGUAAGCCGACGGCGUACUCCGAAGUGUUUAAGGCGGCUUGUCCGAAGUCUUAUAGCUAUGCUUUUGAUGAUUCCACUUCGACGUUUACCUGCGCCGACGCCGGCGAGUUUACCGUUACAUUCUGCCCGGAGGGCACUCCAAGUCAAAAGUCAUCAAAAGAUCCUCCAAUUAGUCCAAAAGUACCUGUGACUAGUCCAACAACAGUAGGAGCAACAACACCAGGAGGAGGCCUUAUGCUAGAAAACGACUAUUGGCUUGCAAGUCUUGCUAGUGGCUCUCGGAACACUCAAAAAUCGGCGGUGAUUUCUACGCUUCUAUUAUUUAUUAUCUUAUGCUCAACUUCGCUCCUAUUUCUCAUCAAGGUGUGAGUAUGUCAACUAUGAAUUUUCCUUCAUAAUGGAGAAUUAUAGAGAGAGCAAUAUUGGUUGUAACCUUAUUUUUUUAAUGAAUUAAUUUGUACUUUAUAGAUGUUUAUUUAAUAUUAUAUGUUAUGCAGAA